AAGCGUUAACAGUUUAAUAAUCUCCGUAACUGAUUAAAUUCGAGCUAAUUGUUUUUAUUCAAAAUUCAGUGUCAGCUGUUAUAUGCUACUUAAAUUUAAACAUUAUUACAGGCAUUUGGAAGUUUUUCAACCCUAUAAAUCGCUGUUACGAUUCAUAACCUUAACCUUAACGGAAAAUGCAGCAUUAAGACACUGCAACAGCUAUAAUCAUUUUAAUAUUCUAGAAGGAAUGCACUCUGAAACGACAAAACGUAAAAGCACAGAGAAAACUAUUAAAUGGGAACCAGAGAGGAUACUGGAAGGAUCAUCAAUUGACCAUAGCGUCAUUGUGUUAAACAGAAAAAUCAGUCUACCAGCGGAUAUAUUACAAUGCAUUUGGCAAAGAGCGCAUAUUCGAUGCACUGUUGAUGGAGGUACAAAUCAUUGGCUACAAUUUCUAAAAACAGAAUGUCAAGGUUUAGAAAUGAAACCUCCUGACUUAAUAACAGGCGACUUUGAUUCUAUUAACAAAGAAUCAUUAAAUUACUUCAAAACAACGCGCAUAGUGCACACUCCAGAUCAGGAUUAUACGGACUUUACAAAAGCUUUGGCAUUAAUACGACCAAUGCUACAACCUAAGCUUUUAAAUGACAUAGUUGUUCUGCAUGACACCUCUGGUCGCUUCGAUCAGAUUAUGGGUAAUAUAAAUACUCUUCAUCGUUUUAAAGAUUUGAAGGUGCAUUUACUUAGUCGAAAUUCUUUAACAUGGCUAUUACGUCCCGGCAAACAUUCCAUAGAAAUUCCAAGCGAUUUAGUGAAUGAGCAACGGUGGUGUGCAUUGAUGCCUAUAGGAGAGGCUGUCAAAAAUAUAACAACAACUGGUUUGAAAUGGGACUUGAAGAAUGAUAGUAUGGAAUUUGGAGGUUUGGUGAGCACUUCUAAUACAUAUGCUAGCAAAAAUGUACAAAUCGAAACACCUACAAGUUUAAUCUGGUCAAUGGGAGUAUAUAAUUUUGACAAUUAAAUUAAGAUAUUUGUAAAUUAGGAACAAAUUUAAAUUACUGAUGAUAGAUAAUUUUUAUGUAAUCAUAUAAUUGAGGAAGGGCAUUAUGUGUUAUUUACGUUAUGUGCAAUCUAAUCAAUAAUUGGAAAUGAACUUGAUUUUGAUUAUUGGUUACUUAAAAUUAGUGUAGA